CUCAAUCAUAAGAUCCAAUAAGAAGAAAUAUUAAAUUCUAAUUGGACAAGAUCCAGCAAAUAAUUCUUAAUUUAAGAUUUAUUUGAGGAACACAUUGUGUACCGCAGAAAGAAGUUUGCAAUAUCUUACAACUCUGGAUAUGACUAUCUUUUAAACAUAAAACUUUAGAAAUUCACGAUUUUAUUAAUUAAUUAAGUUAUAAUAAGCACGUACUUAGUAAUGCCAUAAAAAUGGCAAUAAAUUAAACAUGUGAUAUCAAAAUUCUGACUAUUGAAUGAACGGAUUUUCCUAAAAACAAGGAACACGCAACUUAAACUGAAUUUCGACAAAGAAGAAGAAUUAACUAUUAAAAAAAUGGUUUUAUCAGGAAUAAAUCCAGAAGAUAGAAAAAGAUAUGAAAAGCUGUUUAAGAAACUAGACGUAAACAACAAUGGAAAAAUAGAUCUUGAUGAUUUAAAAGCUCAGCUAGGCUGCGAGAAAUAUGCACAAAGUUUUAUUGAUAAAUCAGAUCGUACAUCGUCUGGGGAUGUUUCAUUAAACGAAUUUGUAAAUUAUUUGCAAGAUCAGGAGAAAAGCCUUAGAUUGCAGUUCUCUCACAUCGACAAAAAUCAGGAUGGAAAAGUUGAUUUAAAAGAAAUGAUCUCGUCAUUCGAAGCAUUGGGCAUUAAAAUGGAUAACAACGAAGCAAUGAAGUUAUUCAAUAGAAUGGACCAGGAUGGAAGUCUGUUUAUUAGCUUCAACGAAUGGAGAGACUUUUUGAUAUUAGCACCAACUAAUAACAUCCAUGACUUGAUUAAAUAUUGGCGACAUAGCACGUAUCUUGACAUUGGUGAAGACUUCAAUGUACCUGAUGAUUUUACUCAGAACGAAUUGGAGACAGGAACCUGGUGGCGACAUUUGGUUGCCGGUGCAUGUGCAGGUGCCGUAUCGAGAACAUCAACAGCACCAUUAGAUCGAUUAAAAGUCAUGCUUCAAGUGCAUCAUUCGAAACAAAGAAUCUCAGAAUGUUUUAAAGGGAUGCUCAAAGAGGGAGGAUGGCAAGGCUUAUGGAGAGGCAAUGGAAUUAAUGUUAUAAAAAUCGCUCCAGAAACAGCAAUAAAAUUUAUGGUAUAUGAGCAAGUAAAGCAAUUUAUCAGAGGUCAAGAAAAUCGUCCAAUGUCAAUUUUCGAGAGAUUUGUAGCUGGUGCUGUCGCAGGUUGUGUGUCGCAGACAACAAUUUAUCCCAUGGAAGUUUUAAAGACGAGAUUAGCACUUAGGAAAACUGGCCAGUAUAAUGGCAUGUUAGAUGCAGCAAAAAAAAUUUAUGUUCAUGAAGGACUUCGAAGUUUCUAUAGAGGUUAUAUACCGAAUAUAUUAGGAAUAAUACCGUAUGCAGGAAUCGAUCUUGCCGUUUAUGAGACACUUAAAAAGAAAUACUUAAGCAAUCAUACUGAUCAAGAAGUACCUCAAAUGUGGCUCCUGCUGGCUUGUGGGAGUGUUUCCUCUAGUCUAGGACAAUUUUGUUCGUACCCGCUUGCGUUAGUGCGGACACGAUUGCAAGCACAAACUGUAAGAACAACAAGCUUUAAUAUAAAUGUAGCGGGUUUUUCAUUUACACAACAAGGCAAAAUUCCUAAACAGGAACCAACGAUGUCAUCAGUCUUCAAGAAAAUUAUCCAACAAGAGGGUCUACCUGGACUUUAUAGAGGAAUAACUCCAAAUUUCGUUAAAGUACUUCCUGCCGUAUCCAUUUCCUAUCUAGUGUAUGAACUUGUCAGUAACAAAUUAGGCGUUAAUAUGACAUAAAUUCAUUAAACUUAAAUACAAUUUAAUAACUUAUUAUAGCUUAAAAUUUUUAAAAUUAUAAACAAGCAACAUCUCUCUCUCUAUCUCUAUCAAACAAAAAAGUAUUUUUUUCUUCGAAAAAUAAUAAACAAAUAGCAUGUGAGAUGUUUUCCUAGUUGCUAUGCCAAUUCCUUUACGUUGAAUAUAUUAAAAAAAUACACACACAAAUACUCUUCCCGUACAUUGACAAGUGUGCAUGCAUGGUGACGAAAAGCUUUUCCUAUUUUUUGGAAUCUUUGAAAGAAUACUGCAUAAAAUUAUAUAAGUAAUUUACCUGCAAUCUUAUGAUAGAUAACUAAAUUAAUACCCAACAUCCGAUAUAUC